UGAAGUUCAACACUCUGGGAAACAUUUUAAAGCAGGGAGUUUGAUGAGAAGAUUGAUACAUGCGGUACAUAUGAAGCUACAGCCAGCAGCUGGUUAGGUUAUCUUAUCUUAAAGACUGGAAACGGGGGGAAAAGCUGGCUUACCUCUGUCAACUGUAAUAAAAUCCACCGACCAGCAUGUCUAAAGCUCCAUAAUAAGCACAAUAUGUUUGACUGGUUAAGUCUGUACCAAAAUCAAUAUGUUGAAAUGUUAAGUUUUGGCCUUAGGAGGAAGGUACUCGCUGGAAUAUUUAUUGGUAAUGACCAUUGGCUCAAACAUUUAAGAUGUUCACCGGUGAACUUUGAGGUGCUGGAUUUUGUAACUAUUUGACAGAGGCUGGACACAUCACAUUUCAGGAUUUUACAGAGCAAUGAAGUCGGUGAUUAACUAUCAGGUUUUACUUUAAUACCUCACAUGAUCAAUUUACAAAGCUGAAAUGAGAGGAGGGAGACUCAUAUGGCUUGCGAUGACCUGGAGAACAGAUCUGGGUUAAUGAAAAAUAAGCUCUGUCUAUCAUGUUUGGAAUUGUUCAGACUUGAAUGCAUAACUUUAGUUGCUUUGUUAUACGUAAAGAAAGACAUCUCAUGGGAAUGGCACAUGAACUACUCAUACCUGAAGCCAAGAAUGCCAUUUGAUUUGACAGUUUUUCUUUACAGAAAUGUAACCUACGGGUAUUUAAGGCCUUUGAACAGCAGUGUGUUGUAAUGAUGAUAAUGAUAAUAACAAUAAAUUUUUGUAUGAAACUUGUUAAAGAAACUACAUUUGAAUUGUACAUGCUUUAAUCUUGAAAAUGCACAGUGUCUGAGCUGCAUUGUAAACAAAGUGAGAUUUGAUUCUGACCCAGUUCAGAGGGGUCUGAUUGCUCUUUGAGUCUAAUCAUGUUUUUGAGAGGAUUUUCAGCCUCUUUCAUCAGGAAGUGAUUAAACUGACAAAAACAGUCAAAUCACUUUUGACCUUUGGAGCCGCAGCACGGAGCGCACUCGGACCUGAUCAGCAGGAACAAAUAAAGACAACGUGAAGUUUUGGCUCCAAGGAACUCAGCGUUGACUGACUUGUAGUUUCUAAUCAGGAUCGGAGCAGCAUGAGUGAGAGAUCAUAGCGACAUAAAAAUGUUUCUCCCCUUCUCCUGGAUCCUGGGAACUUCUGAAUCAUCAACUUUUGAUUCAAAUCCAAUAGACAGUUAUUUACAAGGUCUUGUGGGCGCAUGUGGAAUAUCAGUGCUGUGCAAUUUGAUGAGAGUUAACAACUUCAUUCAAACGUGCAGUGAUUCUGAAUCUGAAACUGAGAGCAAACAGCGGUCAUCCUCGCCAGUUAACCCUCUCAGAGGCAGCUGGAGAUCAGCUCUCCAGUUCUGGUCUGUGGCGGUCCUCCUGUCUCUGGUGGGCUCCAGGGUUUCCUCUCUCAUAGUGCUGGAAUUUUGUCUCCGAGCUGUUUCUACCUGGGCAUCAGCGCGAACAGAUGCCAACGGCAGAGGCCUGGACCUGCUCCUCAUCCAGUGCCAGUUCUCCCUGGGUUGUGGCCUCACGUGUACUCUGGCCUUCCUCCAUCAGGGGGCUCCACACAGCUCUCUCAGCUUGCUUCUGGCAGCCGCACUCAGCUGGGCACUGGCAAGCGUCAGCCAAGGUCUGUGGAGCCAUGUGGCCAGACUCUACCCACUACACAGCACCGAGCGUUACUGUGGGAAGUGCAUCACCAUCCUGACCUCCGGACACACCAUACUGACCUCACUGCAAAGAGCGGUUGUCUUGGCCUUUGCUUUAGCAACUGUGGCUUCAACCGCUACGGUUUAUGAGCACUUCCUGUCCCAGAAGGAUGCUCUGAAGUUUUGGACUCCACUGACACUCUGCUACACGAUGUUGGUGUUCUAUAUUCAAGAGGACCAGAAUCGGCAGACUGGUACAGAGGCCCUGUUACACACUGUCGUGCUGAGACUGGGAGCCAUACUGGUGCUCAUGCUGACGGUGGGUGACUGGUCGGAUGUCGUCCACGUCCUCAUCACUUUCCUGGGUGAAGCCGUCUGUAUGCUGCUCUCUCAGGAUCUGCUGCAAGCUGUGUUACAGGAAGAAGAAGAUGAUAUGAGCUUAACGGAGCCCAGGCACAAAACAAGGGAAGGCACGUGGAGAACAUCAGAUGACAGUUGACGAUGUACCUGAAUGAAAUCUACCUCUAAUGCCAGUGACUACCUCCAAAGACAACAUGUUUUGAUGUUAACAAUACAACACUACAAAGGAUUAUUGUGUCAUUGACUCUUGUUUCAAACAGAAAGAAAGAAGAUGAAACAUGUGUUUUCUGCAUGAAUUUACAAAAAAAUAAUCAGAACUGAAGUAAACACAUAAAAUGUAUUUGGACACUUUCUUUCCACUAGUCUGAAAGAAGACUUGUCAUUAAAGCAAAAUAGCCUAAAAUCUGAAAGUUAACCAAUGCAUGAAACAACGAUCUUAUCACCUGAAAUGUGUCUCACCUUUUUAAACACAAACUUUUUAAACAUUAAUUUUACAUUAGCUUCAGUAGAUCAGAUAUUCUACCAACUUGCUUUAUAAAUGGCACUUGAAGGGCGAAGGAGCUGGUCAGGAGGUUGCACAUUUUAAGAUGGUAAUGAUGAGGAUGACACACGGCCGUCCACAGUCCGCUGAAGGUGACCACAUGUCGCUAAUUAAAGGGUCACGGCUACAGUUUUACACAAGAGGAUAACUCGUCUUGAGAGUCACCACUCAGCCUGUGAAAAGGUUUAUAUGACAUAUAAUUAGAAGUUAUAUAAUUAUGUAGACAGAGGUGACUAGUUAAGAAGAAAA